AAAUAGAGCAUAUAUAACAACGACAGCCACGUACAUCCUAUUCAUCCACAGAAACAUAAAAUAGCACGACCGCCAGCCGAGCUUCAUACUAAAAACAACCCGAAUACAUAGAUACAGCACUGAAUCACGUCAUGACCAGCAACUCCGGCUCUCGUCCAUCGACUCCGAUGGACGACCGUCAUCUCGCUUCUUCGCCUACCCGGAUCCCCGUCCAUUCUUCUCGCGUCCACACGCUAUCCCAUCAAUUGGAGAUAUUCGCCGGGAGGGACAAGGUCAACGCACGCCGACCUUCAUCAUUCUCACACGGCUCGCCGAUAUCAUCGAGCCUCCGUCCGACGAGACCUGCUUCUCCUUACGCGGCCUCUGCGCAACGGGCGCAAGCGGGUCCUAGGAGCAGACCGAGGCUCGUGGAUGGAGGAAGGUCUUUGUCCUUUGCGUUGAUUCACGGGCGGACAGUGGCUAGUUCGGAAUUAUCCACGAGUCUCAGGCAAUCGCAAUCUCGACUCGAGGGGGCAGCUGGGAGCCGACCGACGUCUCCUGCGUUGCCCGUCGCGGUCGAUGUCGUCGGAAACAAAACGAUCGACUCGAGGGGACGGUUCCCAUCGAGAUCCGCUGCAUCUCCUCGGCCGGACCCCUCUCGAGCUCUCACAAGCCCCAUUCUACCGUCCACCAAAGAGCUCUCCCGAGUGUCUAUGGGAACGUCAGAGGAAUCAGCCUCUACCGGCGGUCAGACCCCCAAGAGAGGUAGGACUAGGACGGUAGCUCCCGUUAUCGGUCGAGGUUGGCAGACGCAAGACUCUGUCCCGCCCCAGGCCGCUUCCCGAGGUGACUCUCUGAGCUGCCAGACGGAUGCUUUGAAUUUGGCAGUCUUAGAGGCCGAGGACCUGGGCGUCGGAGUCGGAGGACACAAGCUAGGGGUCAGGCAGCCGGAACGACAAGUCUUGACUCCCUGCGCUUCGCCUCCUAAACGAUCCAUUCACGCUAUGGUCUUGCCUAUCUCGAUCACCACUGGUGAGCCUGUUUCUCAUGGCGAAGAAGCGUUGACGAGGAGGAGCGCGAGUCCGCGAGAUUCGCCGGUGAGAGGGUCGGUCGAGACGACGGGAUCGGUUUUGAGCUUGGAGGCUGUGGAAGACGUCUUUCAGUCAAAGCCGGUUGCGGCAUCUACCGCUGAACAUGAUUCACCCGAUGAUCAUGACAAUAACCACAAUCAAGAUGUAGAAUCGAUCGAGGCGGCGCUUACCGAUGCGAUGGAGACUAGCCUGGAGUUGCCCUCGAUCGAUGACGAGGCCGAGUUGGACGCAGGGCGAUACGAUACGAUCAGAUCUACCGGCAAGAGGAAGAACCAGGAGGAGCCCGCCAUGUACCCUGAGAAGAAGGGAAAAGUCGCCGGGAUGAUCGCGCGAUUCGAACAGUCUGGGACAGUCAAGUCCAGACCUUCGAUCUUUGGUCGUUCCAAGACCGAUGGGGAGCGUUAUCGACGACCGACGAGCAUGAUCAUCCAGGAUUCAGCCUCUCCCAUCGCUAUCUCGGCCAACGUGCAGGCAUCUGCGGAGAUGGCUACUUGCCGGCCCUCGAAGGAUUGGUCUCGCGCCCAGACUGUGCGGGGCGAAGUCUCGUUACAGAAGCGUCCCUCUAUCGACAAUCUAAUCAAGGGCUUGGAGCCUAUCGGCGAUGCUAUCGCAUCAAUGCCAAACACGUGGAAAUCUCGCGGCAGGUUACCUCGAAGAGGUACGACGCCUUCCAUGAUUCGCGCGCUCGAGCAGAAAGAUCCUGCCGAUCAAAAGGCUCGACCGAGCCUUGUCAAGCAGGUGACGGAAGUCAUCCUCAGCCCAAGGAAAAAUACGUUGUCGUCGCGUGAUGGGGAUGAGCCGGGCGCACAAUCGGCUCGCUUGACCGAGACCGAAGCUCUCAGGACCGCUUCGAUCUCGCUCAAACGUAUUCAGGAUGAUGAUUUGGAGAGGGUCAUGCAUGCCUAUCAGACUCGUAGCCGCUCUCACUCGCCAGCAUCACAAUUGGAAGCUGCGUAUCGGGCGAACGAAGCCUCCGGUACCACGGCGUCAAAUGGCAUGUCCUGGGAUACACUGCACAGGCAGAACGUAAUGGAGCGUGCGAGGAAUGCGGGCAGCGAAUGGCUCAGGGGGAGGGGUCGGGCUGGGACUCUCAGUUCGGUUUGGCCCAAUGCGCUCAAGGCGUCGCAACCGCCUGUUACCCCUGUCUCUGGUCGCCCUGCCUCUCUCAAUCGGUCCGUCUCGUAUACCGGGAACAUUCCACAGCAUUCUCGACGUCUCGGACCUUACACCGCGGAUGACAGGAGGCAGAGUGCAGGAGAGGCCACGCUCAUGCAUACGAGAUGGGAUGGCACCAGAACUCCUAUCACCGAAAGAGACCAUCCUACCCAUUAUGCCGCCCUGCAAGAGCAUAGGCUCGUAAGGCAGAAAAGCAAAUCGAGUCUGUCUGCCGUAAAUCGAAGUCCGACUCCGGAUCUGAGGGCUCCUGGGAAAGAUUACGAGGCGGAACAUACAUUCGCCGCGCCAGUGGCUCCGCCUGUGUCUAUUGAGCGCUGGAGACAACAACUACACCAGGCUGGUGGAAGAAACCUGCCGCAAGUCAAGUCGACGAGUCAAUACUCGCCAAGCGAGGGUUCGCGUCCCGCAUAUCGACACUCGCGGACCUUGCCGCUUCCCUUGGAUACCGCUGUACUCUCUCGAUCGCCUACACUCUCUCGCUCGAAUCACAGCCAAGAUAGCCACUUGCCUCUCUCGGCAUGUUCAGGUACCAGCUUCGACGUCAAGACGGCGUAUGACAUCGUCAAGGCCGAAAGGGGUCUAGUCAGUUUCGAUCAGAUCCCGGGUCUGAACGACGGUGAGUAGGUGAAGAUCGGUCACAAAUACCGACUAUAUCCUGCCUUCGUGCUCGCUCCAGUCGCAAGCUUCAUGUGUCGUUCUGGUCUUACUACUAUAUACCAUACAUAUCGCGCAUCGAGAACGUUCAAUCGAGAGAUUCAUGCUGCCACAUUUCUAUCCGUGUCAGCUACAUAAUCAUCCAGAAUGAAGUACAAGUCGCUGGACUACGCUUCCGUUGUG